UCGAGCACUCUAAAGUUCUCGCUCUCUCUCUCUGAGUUAACUUUAUGCCAUUAACGAGAACCACACAAGAACAAACUACCAAAUAACUAUUCUCCUUUCCCGGAGGAUUUACCUCCGUCUUCGUAACGGACCCAAUAAUUCCGGCGACAGAUUCUCUCUCUCGCCUCUUCCCUCUAAUUCAUAAUUAUGCUUCCUGUCUCAAAUCCUUCAAGUCCUGAACGUCUCCUCAAGAAAUCCAGAACCCCCGACACCACCACCACCACCAUUGAUCGGAAAAACUCCUUCAACUCGCUCAACUCGGUCGGAAACUCGGCCGUUAACCGCUCUUCCUUCAUCCCAACCUCCCGGAGCCACUGCACAUGGCUCAUCCUCUCUCUCCUCUCUCUCCAGCUCCUCCUCUUCCUCACUCUCCGAUCCAUCCCUUUCCCUCACCGUCGCUCUCCUGAAAACUUCCCUUCCCCCGCCGCCGCAGCCUCCAACCAUCCUCUCUCCACCCGAAUCCGACCCGAAUCCGACGACUCCAAGCGAUGCGAUUCGGGUCGGGUUUUCGUCUACGACAUGCCCAAGAUCUUCAACGAAGUGAUUCUCCAACAGUGCGACAAUCUCAAUCCUUGGAGCUCUCGCUGCGACGCGCUUUCCAACGACGGAUUCGGCAAAGAAGCGACGUCGUUGAAAGGCGUGAUCCCUGACGAUUUGGUUCCCUCUUGGUUCUGGACUGACCAAUUCGUAUCGGAGAUCAUUUUCCAUAACCGGAUUCUUAACCACCCGUGCCGGACUUUGGAUCCCGGUUCCGCUACGGCGUUCUACAUCCCGUUCUACGCUGGACUCGCCGUCGGUCAAUAUCUCUGGUCCAAUUACGCGGCGACUGAUCGUGACCGUCAUUGCAAAAUGAUGACCGAGUGGGUCCGGGAACAACCUUAUUGGAAUAGAUCCAACGGCUGGGAUCAUUUCAUUACCAUGGGUCGCAUCACAUGGGAUUUUCGCAGGUCUAAAGACGACGAUUGGGGAUCUAACUGUAUCUACACUCCGGGGAUGCGUAACAUCACUCGUCUUCUCAUUGAGCGAAACUCUUGGGACCAUUUUGACGUCGGUGUACCUUACCCCACUGGAUUCCACCCUCGAUCGGACUCCGAUGUUGUUAAAUGGCAAGAUUUCGUCAGGAAUCGCCGUCGCGAAACGCUCUUCUGUUUCGCCGGAGCGCCUCGCGCCGGGAUUGAGAACGAUUUCAGGGGGUUGCUUCUCCGUCACUGCGAGGAGUCGCGUGGAGCUUGCCGGACGGUGGAUUGCACCGGAGGAAAAUGCUCGAACGGCUCGUCGGCGAUUCUGGAGACGUUUCUCGGCUCUGAUUUCUGCUUGCAGCCUCGAGGAGAUAGUUUCACUCGCCGGUCGAUUUUCGACUGCAUGUUAGCCGGUUCGAUUCCGGUUUUCUUCUGGCGCCGAACCGCUUACAUGCAGUAUCAGUGGUUUUUACCGAACGAACCGGAUAGUUACUCGGUUUUUAUUGACCGGAACGAGGUGAAAAACGGGACGACGUCUAUAAGGGAAGUGUUGGAACGGUACAGCAAAGAGGAUGUGAGGAGGAUGAGAGAAAGAGUGAUCGAUUUGAUACCGAAUUUGGUGUACGCGAAGUCUCCACACGGGUUAGAGACUUUCAAAGACGCAUUCGAUGUGGCGAUAGAUGGAGUAUUUAGGAGAUUCAAGGAGCAAGAGAAUUGGUAUAAAUGGAGAUGAGGAGGAAGAUGAUCACGUCAAAUGAUUAUUUAUUUAUUAAUAAGGGUUUUUGGAGAUUUUAGCUACGGUAAAGUUAUGAUUACACUGUAAAUUUAAGAUUUUUGUUGAGAGAUUAAUAAGUUGGUUAGUUGAAUUUUGUUAUUACACUUCAUGGAGUAGUCAAAAAUACUUGUUCUAUAUGUGUGGAGUUCUCAUUUAUAAAUUUUCUUUUGGAGACAAUGAGUAUAGUUUCUUGGUUCGUAUCUACGUCUGCAGUGGUUGGAUAUAAAAGACCCUGUUUCGAAAAAAGCCUUCAACAAAAAUUAAGCUUUCCUCACAUAUUCACAUCUUUAGCACAAAGAUGGAAAGAGCAAACGAAAAAGUUCCUCAUCAUGGAAGACUCUUCGUCAUACGAGAUUACUUGACCUGGUUGACUCAAAGCAGCUUGAGCCUGAAUCAGAAAAAUUCAGACUUUAUGAAGACCAAGUCAAAUCUGUUGAGAGAUAGACAGAGAGAAAGAGAGGAUCAGUGCCUUUACAAUCUCAGAUAACUUUUCAGCAGGAACAUACUGAAAAUCCACAAGCAGUCCAAGCGGUUUUGUUGAAACUCAGGAGGUUGGUACACAUGGACGCUAUUAUACAGAACACAUGAUCGAGCAUGGUCCAAAGUAAUUUCCUACAUCUUUGAAGAAAUACCCUUACCAAGAAUCUUUGGGCUAAUUAGGUAGGUGGGAAGUGAAGUGAAAAUGGA